UAUGUUAAGCUUGUACAAAAGGCACAGGACCUUAGUGGGAAGGUGGGGAGGUGCAAAACUGAGGUCAAGUGCCCUUGACAGGAAAAGCAGGUGAGCACAGCUCUGCAGGCUGUUCCGGGAGCUGCUCUUGAAGUGAGCAGGGCAGGGUUGAAGUGAGGGUAAGGCCCUGGAGGCCCAGGGCCCAGCAGGUAGAAACUAAGAUCAGCUGAGGUCCAAGCUCUGGGGGAGAGUGAGGGCUGGAAAGAGGUGAAUGAAACUCCACCCAGAAAAACAGAAACCAGACUUGGGGCUCCAUGUGGGUCCUCUGGGACCACAGGUCAUCACCCCCUGGGGGCUCAGCCCAGACAUUCUUCUAAUUCCAUGUGACGCCCACCAGAGUCAGGACCCACACUGUGUGACCUCGAGCAGGUCCCUUGCCCUCUCUGUGCCCCAGUUUCCCCUUCUAUCAAGGGAGGGUUGGAGCAGGAUGUCUAAGAGCCCCUUCCAGCCUGAUAUUCUGGGGACUUCCGCACGGUGGGGGUCCUGGCUGGCUGACAGUGACGGGUGUCCCCUGCAGUGGAACCUCGUGUGUGAGAACGGCUGGAAGGUGCCACUGGAGCAGACGAGCCACCUCCUGGGCUGGCUGUUGGGCUGUAUCCUCCUGGGCAUGGGCUGUGACUGGUUUGGCCGCAGAGUUGUGUUUGUGUCCUCCCUGGUGCUGGCCACAGGCCUGGGGGCUGGUGAGGCUCUGGCUGCCAGCUUUCCUGCCCUGCUGGCCCUGCGGCUGCUUCACGGGGGGUCCUUGGCAGGGGCCUCUCUGGCCCUCUACGUGACGCGCCUGGAGCUGUGUGACCCCCCACACCGCCUGAUGUUCUCCAUGGGGGCCGGCCUCUUCUCGGUGGCGGGCACUCUGCUGUCGCCUGGUCUGGCCCUGCUCGCACAGGACUGGCAUCUUCUGCAGGGGCUGGGUGCCCUGGCAACAGGGCUCCUGCUGCUCUUUUGGGGGUUCCCAGCCCUGUUCCCCGAGUCUCCCUGCUGGCUGCUGGCCACGGGGCAGCUGGCCCAAGCCAGAAAGAUCUUGUGGCACUUUGCGGAAGCCAGCGGCGUGGACCCUGAGAGCAGCUCCGAGGAGGAGAGCUCCCUGGCUGCGGAGCUCGAUGUGCUGUCUGCAGGGAACCCCCAGCCCCAGCGCCACUGGGUCCUAGAGCUACUGCACACGCGCGUCACCUGGAGAAACGGACUCAUCCUGGGCUUCAGUUCGUUGGUCAGUGGGGGCAUGAGAGCCAGCUUUUUCCGAAGACUGGCCGCUCAUGAGCUUGCCUUCUACGGACCCUACUUCCUGGGGGCUGGCCUAGAGGUGGUGGCCAUCGUCUUCCUGCUCCUGACAGUGGAUCGCUGGGGGCGCCGCCUGGUCCUGCUGUUGGGCACUUUGGUCAUGGGCCUGGCAUCCCUGCUGAUUCUCUCAGGGGUCCAGUACCUGCCGGCCUGGACUGUGCUGUCCCUCUCUGUCCUGGGGCUGCUGGCCGCCCAGGGCGUGUCCACCCUCAGCAGCCUCUUUGCAGCCGAGAUCUUCCCCACAGUGAUCAGGGCGGCAGGGCUGGGCCUCGUGCUGGGUGCUGGGUUCCUGGGCCAGGCGGCCGCGCCCAUCGCUGACAUGCACGGCCGGCGGGGCUUCUUCCUGCUCCACGUGGUUUUCGCCUCUUUCGCCAUCCUCGCCCUGGUGUGUGUCCUGCUGCUGCCUGAGAGCCGUGGGCGGGCGCUGCCCCAGUCACUGCAGGAUGCUGACCGCCUGCGCCGAUCUCCGCUCCUUCGGGUCCAUCCCCGCCAGGACUACCUGCCCCUGCUGCCACCCUCCCACUGCUGGGCCCAGACACAGCUGGUCCAGGAAGGGUGACUCUGGCUGGACAGACACACCUCCCCUCAGUUGGCCACACGUCAGUGUGGGCAGAGGGGUCUCAGGGAGGAGCUGUGGGCUCAGUGUGAAGGGGGAGUCCUCGGUUGGGCCCCUUGUUCCUGGGGGCCCUGGCCUCCUCACCCCAACCACCACUUGUGAAGGAUAAAGGCGUCCAUGGAACUUG